AUGGUGAAAUCGACACAGAUCGCCCGGCUCGAUGGGCUGAUGCUGGCUGCUUCUGUUGAUGACGAGCAGGCCGAGGCUGAGCUGUCUGAAAUCAAAGGCCAGGCCAAGAUGAUCUUUCGGCGGUUGAAUCGCAAUUCCGCACCGCAGGCGAGCAUCGAAUCUGGACAAUAUAACCUCCAUUACAUGAUCCAAAAUGACGUUUGCUUUUUAUGCAUUUGCGAUCGAUCAUAUCCACGAAAACUUGCGUUCACAUACCUCGCUGACGUGGCCUCCGAGUUCACUACCACCUACACGCAAUCACAAUAUCUCUCCCCAACACUCCGACCUUACGCCUUUGUCGAAUUCGACACCUUCAUUCAGCGGACAAAGAAACUGUAUCAAGACAGUCGAGCUUCCCAGAAUCUGGACAAGUUGAACGACGAGCUGCGUGAUGUCACCAAAGUCAUGACCAAGAACAUUGAGGAUCUUCUCUAUCGCGGAGACAGCUUGGAGCGAAUGGGAGAAUUAUCAGGCCGACUCCGGGAGGACAGUAAGAAAUAUCGAAAGGCAGCAGUACGGAUCAAUUGGGAAUUGUUGGUGAAGCAGUAUGGUCCUUUCGUCGGCGUUGGUUUUGUUGUGUUGGUUUUGCUGUGGUGGCGGUUUUUCUGA